AACCUAUCGGAAUUCUUGUUUAAAUGAAAGCCCCAUAAGUAAAAGUAAUCAGUGACAUUUAUUUUUAACUUCUCAAUUAUAAUCUAAUUAAACCUACGCACAACACGUCCGCCAUUGCGAGUACGAGGGGACCGGGGAUGAGGGUGUCAUUUUGACAGCUCCACAGAUAAAGUAUUUUAUCGAAUAAGACCGAAUGAAUGAUUAUAUUCAACAGGUAUUCUUGCGAUUUGUCAUUCAGUUUGUGUGCGGAGCGUCUACGUAUUUUCUACUAAAAUUAUGUUUAUUUUACUUGUAAAGUUGUAAAUUACAUGGUUUGUGGACAAUAUAUUUAUAAUGAAAAUAUGUGAGACAUGGGGGUGUGAAAUUUGUGGCGCAGGAGUAAGUGGAGUGAGAGAAAUGUACCUAAUAUGGAUGGUACAUUUUCAGCCAAAUUGGAGAAUAAAAGGUUGGUAAAUUGGCAUGUUGACAUCUUAAAUCUUAGUAGUACGUAAAUAACUUAGUUACUACUUGGUUAAAACAGUUAAUAAACAUAAACAUUUCAUAAAAUAAAAUAAGUUUGACAUAAUACUGUGGUGCCCAUAGAUCAUUUAUUUUACCGAUUAUUCCGGUAUAUUUUUUAACCCUGACAAUUAAUUUGUCUAAUUGCGAUCUAAAAUGACUUAAAAUUUCAGAUUAUAAUAUGUUAUUCAUUUAUUUCGAUGCUGUGGGUGGACGUCCCACGCUGCGUUUUCCAUUAUUAUCAAUAUUCCUAAAAAUGCUUUUCGUUCGUCAACUGCUAAAUUCAGUGUAUUAUUUGAAUAAAAAUUGCUAUAAGUAAUUAUAUCCUGAAACAAUGUGUUUGUAAAAAACAUCAUAAAUAUUUGCCUUCAGGUUCAGAAUGUCCAAUGGUUUCAAAAUGUCCAAUUCCCGGAAUGCCCAAUUCCCAAAAUGUCCAAUUCCUGAAAUGUCCAAUUCCCAAAACGUCCAAUUCCCGUAACGUCCAAUUCUCAAAAUGUCCAAUCUACUAUUUUGAUGGAUUUGUUGAAUAAGACCCAAAUGGCACCUAUUGUGUGCCGGAAACCACAUUUCCGGCACACAAUAGGUGCCAUUGAUUGUACACACGUACGAAUGAAAAAAGUUGGUGGGCUAUCCAACCAAUAUUACAUUAAUAGAAAAGGGUUUUACUCAUUGAAUAUCCAAGUGGUAUGCGAUGCCAAAUUGAAGAUAAGGGACAAUGUGGCAAGGUGGAGGGGUAGCACACACGACUCAAGAAUAUUUAAUGAGAGUACCAUCAAGGAGAGAUUCGAAAGGGGGGAAUUUUGUGGGCGGCUCAUUGGAGAUGCUGGAUAUUCCUUUUUUAUUCACUCCAGUGAAUACUUCUUCGGCUUGUGACCCGCCGUCACAAGCCGAAGAAGCGUACAAUCGAGCACAGAUCCUCACCCGGAACACCAUUGAAAGGUGUUUCGGGGUGUGGAAGCAGAGGUUCCGCUGUUUACUAACAGGGUUCACGGUCAACUUGGAGAAUGCCAAGUUGUAUACUGUGGCAUUGGCAGUGCUACAUAACAUUUCCAUAGACAUGGGGGAGGAAUUAGAGAACCUGGAGCCACCAGCGAGCAGACAAGUGCACCCAGUGACAACCCCACAAGCAGGUUCAUCUGAACAUGUUCGGAUGUCUGCUAGUUGCACGAGCCUUGCACUAUAACCCGGUCACUGCUGGGAAAAUAGUAAAUGCUUGCUGCGUGCUGCAUAAUAUUGCAAACCGAAGCCGAUUGCCGGUGACACCUCUUUCACCUGAGGAAACCCAUGUAGAGAGGGUACGACAGCAUCAAGUAAGUCUUCACAGGAUUGCUUUAUUCCCAUAUGAUUACUGUAUAUUAUUGUAAGUUAUGAUGACAUUUGAAUCCAAUAUACAGUUAAAAAAUAUUUUCUCAGAUUGAAAGUGAAAUAGCAGCAUCAGCGUCAGCACAUGGACUAUAAGAACCAAACUGACGCGUCAACCUCAGGGUUGACGCGUCAGUUUGGUUCUCCUCCUCCAUAGAGGAAGAAUGAU